AUGUACCUGGCUGGCGAAGACGAGCGCAACGUUGAAGGUGCGGAAUACGAAGGGCGCCUCUAUACCGAGCAAAGGUUCGAAAUGCUUGGCGCGUUCGGCGGCCAACGCUUCGAUGUGGACCUUGAUACUUCCCACGGGCGGGAUACCGCCACAUUCCUGGUCAACGAGCAAACCGGGGGCUACGGCGGGAGCUCGGGGUUCUCGCGCAACUAG